UUUUCGCAUGUGAUGACGGCAAUAAAGCACCCAGCGGACCGUUUUUUUCCAGACGAUCUUUUUAGUUCACUGCUGGAAUAGAGAUGACCGCCGAGGGAUAGACAAGCAGAGUUUUCCUGGACUGAUUUUCACAUUUUACAUACUGACGAGACUUCCAUAACAAACUCUUCACUUUUGAUACUGCUGAGGCAUCAUUUUCCUCUAUUGUCUACAAGGCCUUGGACCUCAUUGGUCUGAUAGCAAUGGUACUUAUUCUGGGCAGGAGACUGAACCGGGAGGACUCUGGAGUCCGUGAGUCCCCGGCAGUCAAGCGAAAGGUUCUGGAGAUGGACAGCAAGUCCCUCAGUAAUCAUGAUGUGUUCGAUUUCUCCUCCAGCCCAUGCCACUCCGAUAGCAUUCUGCAGAUGUUUAAUGAGUUCCGUGACAGCCGCCUGUUCACAGACGUGGUGAUCAGCGUGGAGGGUCGUGAGUUCCCAUGUCACCGUGCGGUGCUGUCAGCUUGCAGUAGCUACUUCCGUGCAAUGUUUUGCAAUGACCACCGGGAGAGCCAUGAGAUGUUGGUGGAGAUCAACGGCAUCCGUGUCGAAGCCAUGGACACCUUCCUGCAGUACGUCUACACCGGACGUGUCCGCAUCACUACUGAUAAUGUGCAGUUCCUCUUUGAGACCUCCAGCCUCUUCCAGAUCAGCACUCUGCGCGAUGCCUGUGCCAAGUUCUUGGAAGACCAACUUGACCCCUGCAACUGCUUGGGCAUCCAGCGGUUUGCCGAUGCGCACUCCCUCAAGCAACUGGCCAGUCGUUGCCGCUCUUACGCGCUGCAGAGCUUUACCGAUGUGGCCCAGCAUGAAGAAUUCUUGGACUUGCGUAAGGAGGAACUGGAGGAGUACAUUGCUAGUGACGAGCUAGUUAUUGGAAAGGAGGAGACCGUGUUUGAGGCAGUGAUGCGUUGGGUGUACUAUGAUGUGGACCACCGUCGAAUCAUGCUUAGAGACCUUCUCACCCACGUCCGCCUGCCCCUGCUGCAUCCAAAUUAUUUUGUGCAGACGGUAGAAGGUGACCAGUUGAUCCAAAAUGCACCAGAGUGCUAUCAGCUCCUCCACGAAGCCAGACGCUAUCAUGUCUUGGGCAAUGAAAUGAUGUCACCUAGAACCCGUCCACGCAGGUCCACUGGAUUCUCAGAAGUCAUUGUGGUAGUUGGAGGGUGCGAGAGGAUGGGGGGUUUCAACCUGCCGUAUACUGAAUGCUAUGAUCCGGUAACUGGGGAAUGGAAAUCCUUAGCCAAACUCCCAGAGUUCACCAAGUCCGAGUAUGCUGUGUGUGCCCUCAGGAAUGACAUUCUGGUCUCAGGUGGUAGAAUCAAUAGCAGAGAUGUUUGGAUGUACAACUCCCAGCUCAACAUCUGGAUCAGGGUUGCCUCCUUGAACAAGGGCCGCUGGAGACACAAAAUGGCAGUUUUGUUGGGAAAGGUGUAUGCCGUUGGUGGAUAUGACGGUCAAUCACGACUAAGCAGCGUCGAAUGCUACGACUCUUUCUCCAACCGCUGGACAGAGGUGGCUCCCAUGAAGGAGGCCGUCAGCUCACCAGCCGUCGCCAGUUGUGUCAACAAACUAUUUGUGAUUGGAGGAGGACCUGACGAUAACACAUGCUCAGAUAAGGUCCAGUGCUAUGACCCAGAGUCCGACUCCUGGUUGCUAAGGGCCAACAUCCCCAUCGCGAAGCGCUGCAUCACGGCCGUAUCACUGAACAAUCUCAUCUAUGUUUCUGGAGGCCUGACCAAAUCCAUCUACUGUUAUGACCCCACUGAAGAUUACUGGAUGCAUGUGGUCCACACAUUCAGCAAACAGGAAAGUUGCGGUAUGUCGGUAUGUAACGGAAAGAUCUAUAUCCUGGGUGGCCGUGGUGAGAACGGAGUGGCGUCAGACACAAUCCUGUGCUAUGACCCGUCCACCGGCAUCAUCACUGGCGUGGCCGCCAUGCCCCGCCCCAUUUCUUACCAUGGCUGCGUCACCAUCCACCGCUACAAUGAGAAGUUCUACCAUUCAUGACAUUAAAAAGCACACCCACACAGGGACAUGGAUAAACUGAGCCUUACUAUAGAUAAUGUAGCAUUAUGAUAAGUAAGGUGAGUCCAGUUCACAAGCUUUGAGACCAGUCAGUUAAACUGACAACUACAUAAUAACUAAUUUCAGUGUACAGUAUAAACAUUCUAUCAUUUACUCACACUCACGUCACUCCAAAUCCAUAUGACCUUUCUUCUAAAGAAAACAAAAGAAGAUAUUUUGGCCAAAACAAAAUUAGACCCCAACUGAUUCAUUGUAACUUUUUCUAAACUGUCUUCUACCAAGCCUUAUAGUCAGAUACAGAUUGUGUAUGGAUUUGCAUAUUUCCAAAUCCGUUACCCAAAUACUUCUAAACUGAUUGACAGCUGAUUGGCUGGGAAUUCUAACUGGUUUCUUAUCUCUCAACCUCACUUUGUUGUUCCCGUCGAUUAAGCAUCUUUUAUUUGGGAUUAUUUUUCAUUUCUAUUAUUGCAUUUUUAUUGUAUUGUAUGGUGUAAGUGGUUGUUUUGAGUGGGUGAAUGGCGUGAUUCUUUGUGUAUGGUGGAUAAAGUGUUAGAUUGUGAUGAAUCCAUGUGUGUAUAUAAGUGUGUUUGAAAAGAUUCUGGAUGUGUGUGCAGGACAGCUAAACACAGAAUAUGCAGGAACCACUUUUUCUUGAGCUCCCAUGUUUAAUGGGUACAGUAAAUGGUUCACAACAAUCCAUCAGGCACAGAAAAUGACUGUUUAUUUUAAUAUUUCAUUACGUAUGCAUGUACGUAUUUGGGUGAUGUUAAUUGUUUUCUGUAUUUUGUAGUUGAAAUUGCAGCUGACAUUUAAAAAAAAAAAAAAAGUGUGUAUGAUUUUGUGUUUGCUCCUUUAUAGUAUGCCAUCCAUGUGGAGCAUUACUAUGUUGAUUAGUAAAGAUUAUUACUAAGAAUUGAUUAUUCCGUAUCAUUUAGCAGCAUGCUUUCAUGUAGAAUACAAGCAGUGAUGUCUCAUUUAUAAGUGAAUCAUAUUAUUUUAAGUUAUUUAUUCUUUAUAGAUGUUUGAAAGCCCCAACCAGGCACUUAAGUCAAUAUAUCACAGUGUCUCAAAUGUAAAUAUGAAUUUGAUGAUCCUUCUUCAGGUUUACUGUAUCAGUAAGUGUUUGCAAUGGUGAAGCAUCAGGCCAAGUGGCCAGUUCACACUCUUAGCUCCCAUAAAACUCUUCUUUUUUUGUUCUCACAAUAAUCUGAUCUUAGUAUUUGUGUGUACAGUGCAGUGAUGUGUUUGUGCUCUGGGGAGCAGUGAUGUCAGCUCUGUUCCCUGCUUUUGGUUAACGGAUUGUUUAGUUUUGUCAGCUGCAAGACCAGAACAAUAGAGGACACACAUCGCUCAUUUUACUCUGGGAAUUGUACAAUGCAACUGCAAAAUCCUGCACAUAUAUGCACAUAACACAAUGUGGCCUUUCUAUAACCUUUUUGAGUGUCGCUUUUUGUGGUGUGUAGUUUUAUGACCGUGUGUUUGUGUAAAUAAAUGAUGCGAGUUUGGUAUCUUAUUGCCGUA